AGAAAGAAGAUCUCCUCUUUCCUUUGUUGUUGUUGCUGUCGUCGCGGUUUCACCGUGCCCCCAAAGCCUACUUCUAUUAUUCGCAUUUCAACCUCCUCCCGUCAUACACACACACACACGCCAAUACAAUACAAUACAAAGAAAAAGUAAGAACGUCACGAACGUCGCCAUGCUUCGUCGCAUCUCCGCUGCCUCGGCGAGCUGCAUCUUCGCCGCCCGCGCCCUCUCCACCACCAACGUCUGCCUCGACAAACGCAUUAAGGUGAAGAAUGAAGUGGUGGACAUGGACGGCGAUGAGAUGACCCGCAUCAUAUGGUCCCUCAUCAAGGAGAAGCUCAUCCUGCCCUACGUCGACGUCCCGAUCAACUACUUCGACCUCAGCGUCACCCACCGCGACGCGACGGCCGACAAGGUCACGGUGGACGCCGCGGAGGCCAUCAAGCGGUGCAACGUCGGCAUCAAGUGCGCCACCAUCACCCCGGACGAGGCCCGCGUGAAGGAGUUCAACCUGCACAACAUGUGGAAGAGCCCGAACGGGACCAUCCGCAACAUCCUCGGCGGCACCGUCUUUCGCGAGCCGAUCAUCAUCUCCAACAUCCCCCGCAUCGUCCCGCAGUGGAGGGAGCCGAUCGUCGUCGGCCGCCACGCCUUUGGCGAUCAGUACAAGGCAACCGACGCCGUCUUCGGCCCGGGCAAGCUCCAGCUCGUGCACACACCCGCCGACGGCAGCGCGCCGACCGUGAUGGACGUGUAUGACUUCAAGGGCGAGGGCGUGGGCAUGGCGAUGUACAACACGAAGGAGAGCAUCGAGGGCUUCGCGACGAGCUGCUUCCAGUACGCGCUGAUGCGCAAGUACCCCCUCGUGCUGACGACCAAGAACACCAUUCUGAAGAAGUACGAUGGGAUGUUCCUCAAGACCUUCCAGAAGAUGUACGAGACGCAGUACAAGGCUGAGUUCGAGAAGGCCGGCAUCGACUACCACCACCGCCUCAUCGAUGACCAGGUGGCGCAGAUGAUCAAGGGAGAGGGCGGCUUCGUCUGGGCCUGCAAGAACUACGACGGUGACGUGCAGAGCGACAUCGUCGCGCAGGGCUUCGGCUCGCUUGGCCUCAUGACGUCGGUGUUGAUGUGCCCGGACGGCAAAACAAUUGAGGCGGAGGCUGCGCACGGCACCGUCACCCGUCACUACCGCCAGCACCAGCAGGGCAAGGAGACGAGCACGAACUCUGUCGCGUCCAUCUACGCCUGGACACGCGGCCUCGCCCACCGCGGCAAGCUCGACGGCAACAGCGACCUCGUGAAAUUCUGCGAGACACUGGAGAAGGUCGUCAUCCGGACAAUCGAGGGCGGCCACAUGACCAAGGACCUCGCGCUGUGUGUGCACGGCGCGAAGGGGCUGAAGCGCGAGCACUACGAAACGACGGAGCAGUUCCUUGACAGCGUUGACGCCGCGCUGAAGAAGGCCAUGAGUGCGUGA